CUCAUACAUGGCACAACGCAUGCAUCCGUUUAGCCGGGAGGAUCUGAGCAGAGUACAAGCAGAGCGUACUUCCAGCUCACACCAAAAGAAAAGCCAACUUGAAAUCUAUAUCCUUGCCGUCUUUCUUACUUAUAUAAUCACAAGUGACAAUUUCCUUCAUUACCUUUACUUUUACAACUAACAAGCUACCGAG